CGCGGCACAAACAUCCAGACCGGCGAGCCCGUGGCCAUCAAGCUGGAGCAGGUGAAGACGCGCCACCCGCAGCUGGCCUUCGAGGCCCGAUUCUACCGCAUUCUCAACGCUGGCGGUGGGGUCGUGGGCAUCCCCAACAUCCUGUUCUACGGCGUGGAGGGCGAGUUCAACGUGAUGGUGAUGGAUCUGCUGGGGCCCUCACUCGAGGACCUCUUCAGCUUCUGUGGUAGGAAACUCUCGCUGAAGACCACGCUGCUGCUGGCCGAGCAGAUGAUCGCGCGCAUCGAGUUUGUUCACAGCAAGAGCGUCAUCCACCGCGACAUCAAGCCGGACAACUUCCUGAUGGGCACCGGGAAGAAGGGACACCACGUCUACAUCGUAGACUUCGGCCUCGCCAAGAAGUAUCGCGACCCCCGCACGCACCAGCACAUCCCGUACAAGGAGGGGAAAAGCCUGACCGGGACGGCGCGGUACUGCUCGAUCAACACGCACCUCGGCAUCGAGCAGAGCCGCCGUGACGACCUGGAGGGCAUCGGCUACGUCCUGAUGUAUUUCUUGCGGGGCUCGCUGCCGUGGCAGGGCCUGAAGGCGCACACGAAGCAGGAAAAGUACGUAACUAUCGCAAGGUGUAAAAUGUCCACCUCCUUAGAAACGCUGUGCAAGGGGUUCCCGGCGGAGUUCGCCGCGUACCUCAACUACACCCGAAGCCUGCGCUUCGAGGACAAGCCGGACUACAGCUACCUGAAGCGGCUCUUCCGAGAGCUCUUUGUCCGGGAAGGGUACCACCCAGACUACGUGUUCGACUGGACGUUGAAGCGCAUUCAUGAAAGUUUGCAGGACCAAAGCAGAGAUGUCUCGCAAGACCAAAACCAAAAGGACAGCUAG